CACGCUGACACCAAGCGAACACUGGGCGCACACACACACGCUGGGCUCACCAUAUUAUCGACAGAUCCGAGUCAUGAGUACAGUCGAUGAGAGCGCAUUUGACUAAAAGCUCUUCUGUGAGAGGAAACGAGAGGAAAAACGCAGAAAAAAAGAAACAGAGGAAAUCCCCCAAAAGGAAAUGCCAAUCGCAGCCGCUGGACAGCCAACGACUCAGGAGCCUAGAGGUUGCCCCCGGCUGCCCUCCACCCCGGAGCCUGUCCCUAAAGGGGCUGAUUUAUUCGACGAGGCGGGGGCGGCGGAGUCGGCGGAGCGAACAGAGUACGGGGGCGCGGAGGGGGGCAGAGGACUCGGGGGCUAUAGUUUCAGCCAUAGCGGCGCUAGGGGCUUUGUGCAGCCCGGUUCCACCAACGGUUCUCCGCCGCAGUCCCCAGCCGCGUCCUCCUCUUUUCUCUUCCAUCCACUUCACCCCCACCAAAUGGCCAUGGAGCCCCCAAGGACUCGAUCGCGUUCUCGUUCUGGAUAUUACCAACAGUACGGUGGUGGGAAUGGCAAUGUAAUUACCGGCAGCGGAGUCAUGGGAUCUAACCAUCAUCACCUCCACCACCACCAUCAGCAGCAGCAACUACAUCCACAGCAGCAACACGGUGCCGGUUGCGCACCACUUGGAGCUCACAGCAACCACCCGGAGAACCAGUCGCGAGCCCCAGGAAGUAACGCCUCUCCCGGCACUCAGAGGCUUUCUUCGGUUCCCGGAGCGCACCGCAUCCCGGCGGCAGGAGCCUCUGGCGGGUCCUACCACUGCCACCCAGAUCAUGCAUAUGGAGAGGAAAGUGAUAAGAGUGAGGAAAGCCCCAGUCCAAAGCGCCAGAGGCUGUCCAGUCAGACUGUCUUGGAACAGUUAACCUCAUCCGUACCCCCACCAUCCACCCCAUCUCCCCCCAUCCGCCCCUGGGAGUCAGGACCCCCAAGUCGGAGACAACCUCACCCCCACACACACUACCACCAGGAGAGAUGCCUUACUCCUGCUCGUCACAGACGCAGCCCGCCAGCAAGGCGUCAGCGCGGCCGUCUCUCCAGACCCACCCGUCACUUGCCUCCCCAUCAACACCCCUCCACCCAAGCCCCCGCACCUCGCCUGUCGCCAUCAGAGCACCAGGAUGAAAACUACCACCACAACACCCAUCCAGCAACACACCAGACAUACCCCCCCCACACACCCAGCGCCUAUGGUCAGCCUCCACAGCCGAGAAAAAAGACGGUGGCAGGUUUGGAGGAGCCCCGAGCUUUCCACCCGCCCACCUUGUCGCCACGACUACUGCACCCGGCUGCUCACCAUCACCACCUUCACCAUCAUCAUCAGCAACAGCAUCAUGCAACGCAACAGCAGCAAGGAGCCAUGGUCCUGGACUUACAUGAACAACUGCAGCAAGCCAGUGUACCAGUCUCCUACACAGUGACCCCAGUCCCUCCACACAGUCUGGCAGCGCCUUUGUGUAACGGCCAGCACCUUCCCCCUACCUGUUCCUCACAACAACAAGUCCCUGCCUGCAGUGUGGUCUUCAGCACUGGACAGCACUACCACCCGAUGCUACAAGCAUGUUCAAUGCAACAUUUGCCGGUGCCCUAUGCCUUUCCCUCGCUGCUGUCCAGUGACCCUCAGUUCCUGCUUCCCCAUCCACCCCACCUCUCUCACCACCCGCCCCACCUCCCCGCACCCACACAGUUUCUGCCUUUCCAGACGCAACAGCCACGAUCGCCCUUACAGAGGAUUGAAAAUGAAGUUGAGCUUCUGGGAGAGCAGCUUUCAGUUGGUGGAGGCUUCAGCUACGCCCACCACCACCACCACCACCACCACCACCAGCCUCCCUCCGCCCUGCCGCCCUCCACACCACUCCAGUUCCUCUCGCACCAUGACCCCCUGUCGCAGGAGCUCUUUACAGUGCCCUAUCCCCACUUUAUGCCUCGCCGAUUCACAAACAGGCGUUACCGCUCUCCGCAGGCUGUACCCCCAUCACCCUACCACCCCAGCUUCCUGCCUUACUUCCUCUCGAUGCUUCCCGUUCCCCCAAAUGUGGCCCCCACUAUAAAUCUAGAGCUGGAUGUGGACGACGGAGAGGUGGAGAACUAUGAGGCCCUGUUGAACCUUGCAGAACGUCUAGGAGAGGCCAAGCCCCGCGGUCUAACUAAGGCAGAUAUAGAACAGCUUCCAUCAUACAGGUUCAACUCCAACAACCAUCAAUCUGAGCAAACACUGUGUGUGGUAUGCAUGUGUGACUUCGAGUCUCGCCAGCUCCUAAGGGUCUUGCCCUGUAAUCAUGAGUUCCACGCCAAGUGUGUAGACAAGUGGCUUAAGGCUAACCGGACCUGUCCUAUCUGUCGAGCCGAUGCUUCUGAGGUCCAGCGUGAUUCUGAGUGACCUCAUAUCAACACCCAACAUCUGCAAUCCCUGACUCCCUUUUGGAUGCAUCAACCAAUCAGUGAACUUCUCUCCUUCAAUUAUACACCUCUGCUCAGACAUUCUGCCUCUUUAUACCCCAGGACACUGAACAGUAAUUCUCACCUGGGAUCAGCAACUUUCUACUGACUCAUGCUGACUUUAUUGCUGGACUUCCUCUGCCUUCUGUUUUGGACUAUUGCGCCCCUACUACUCUGCCUUCUGCUGUACCAACAAACAUUUAGGGAAAUUGGCUGUCCAAAGAUUUUGACUAUUUCAUUGUUAUUAUUCGAGUUAUAAUUAAGCAUCGACAUCUUGGCUAGCAGAAGUUGUUGUUUCUACUAGAGUUUCUACUAGAUUAUAAUUGCAGUUGAACAGUAUCAAUCAA